CGGGAGCUUUCGGUAUGGCAACAGAUUAUGAACCAUCCUCGGAUCCUGCCGCUCUUCGGGAUAGAUUACACGUCGGUGCAGGGAUUGCCCUUUCUGGUGUCUCCGUGGAUGCAUCGUGGAACGCUCCUGCAUUACCUCUCCUUGUCCGAUCGCAUGAAAGCACCCAUAGAAUCCCUACUCUUCGAGAUAGCCGAUGCGGUCGCUUUCAUACACUCUAGAGGCUUCGUCCACAAUGACCUAACAGCCUCCAACGUUCUCCUUGACCACGAAGAACACGUCCGUCUGGCCGGUUUCAGCCUGGCCGAUUUACCAGGACAAGCCCACGGCGAGAGCAUGAGGUCGCCCAGGCGUCUCGCACCGGAGCUCCUCCACCCGGAGAAGUACCCAGUAGAGGGCCCGACCCCUUCGUUUGCGACGGACGUCUACGCCUUUGCUUCUCUUUGUCUGGAGGUAUACACCCUUCGAAUGCCUUUUGCGGAUUUCCGCCUCGAUGCCCAGGCUUUGUACGAGGUUGUCCAAGGUCGUUAUCCGCGCCGGCCGACACCGGAGGAGUGCGGCGGUCGGGCGAUCCCUGACGCUAUCUGGGCCCUCAUGGAAGCAUGCUGGGCGGCGGCGGCCGCGAGACCCAGCAUGUCGGACGUGGUGCAACUGUUGGCUACCUCCACUCAGCAAGUGCCAGUGGUGCCUGCACCGACACUGGCUGCACCGACACUACCUGAACCAACCCCGCCUACACCGACGGGUUGA